AUGGUAGUGAAUGCGGAAACUCCCGGGCUGUGCGACGUCCAACCGGUAGAAAUGCUGCAGGAUCAAGCUCAAUGCAUCCUGGGCGACUACGUGAGAGCGAGAUACCCUAGACAGCCUACUAGAUUCGGCCGAUUGCUACUGUUGGUGCCCAGUCUGAGAGCCAUCCGGCCAAUCACCGUUGAGCUUCUGUUUUUUAGGGAAACCGUUGGAGAUAUACCGCUUACGCAGUUGUUAGGAGACAUGUAUUGUAUGGAAAAAUGUACGGCGCCGUGA